GGUGCUUUCACGUCCGACGGUUAGCCUACACCCUGUAGCAGCUGGCGGGCAAGGCUACUACAAGAUAUGUUCCCCAUGUAACGUGAGUCUCAAAUGCUCUUCGAAUCCAUGAGUCGUUUAGUCAACCUUGGAAGCAUCAGAGCGCUGGUAUGGAGCCUCAUUUAGGAGCCAUAACGGAAAACAUAGCGUUUCUGGCUUUCCUUAAGCAUAGAGGACGAUCCAAAACAAACCCGAUACCCCUAUGUCCUUGCAAUUCGAGCAAAGAUAUUUUCUCGCUCUCGUUCAAGCACGAGGUGAUCAUUGGGAAAGCCUUUGCCUUAAUUCUGGUAAACACCAAUGACAAAAGCAAGGUCGGGGCUGUCUGCAUCGAAGAACGUGUUGACCAAAGUGGCAUAACGGUUCGUUCAGCGACAAACACAGGAUCGCAAGAAAAAAGAGAGUCUGCAUUUACCCGUAUCGCCAAACUAUUGGAGCAUUUAUCAGCUAGUCGACGUGAUGAGAAACAGCAGAAUGAGCUUUUGUUCGAGAUAAUCUGUGUCUGCCAGAACAAAAUUCUUGGUCGAUUACGUUCAAGACAUGCACCGCAAACAAAAAAGAACAAGCGUCCUCUGCUUCGCAAGCUGUGGCACGUCAUGGAAAUCCUGAAGAAAUACGAUCAUCGCAGUCGCCAUUAUGACAACCUGGAGAUCAAGGCUAACACUGUGAUCGACCUACUCAAAGCCCUCGAGCGUCACGAGCGUGCGUGGGCGUUGGGGCACGAAGGAAGCAAGUGUAUACAAGAAAUGUUUAGAGGCGUCCAAGCCCUGUUGCCCCAAAUUCUGGAAAGCCGGAAACGGUUGUCGACUAUGGAAGCAGAAUCUUUGGAGCCUGUUGAACAUUUACACCUGGAAAACCUCAUUGAACGUCUAGAGAAGCUUGAUCAGUAUCGGCACGCAGCAAUGAACCUUAUAAGUCUAAGAAGACGCUACCGAAUACUUCGAAACAUCAAAUUCGAGGGAGUGACCAUGUCCAAUUGUCCCAACGAAGGGAAAAGCAUGGACCUGUGCCUCACGAAUAGAGGACUUUUCACUCAGUUCUACGCCAGGCAAGAAGUAGACCAUGGACGCCCUUCUUCUUUUCCUUGUACACCAGAAACAUACCAGAAGAUACGUACCGCAGCACGACAGAAAAGCAAAGUUCAUGCAGAAAUUCAACUCCUCUAUUUCUACGAGAGCAUGGGGUCAGAUUUGGGGGUAACCAGACCUCGUGUCAUUUGCUCUGAAAAGCACGCAUGCUUUCUCUGUGACACCUUCAUAAGAGCCCAUGCACAAUUUUACACGGCUUCAACACACGGAACAUUCUAUUCGCAGUGGAGAUUACCAAGACCUGGAGAAUUCAAGGUGUCAAGCACAAGUAUCAUGGCUGCCUUGAACCGUUUCAACAUAUCACUGGAAGGGGAAAUAAUGGCCCGGCUUCUGCAUGGGCCACAACUAAACCUCAGUGUCCCAGAGAGUGUUCUGGUCGAAGCAGAGACUUUCACGCCGUCCCUGCAAUCGUCAGUCUACACUAACGAUCGGGCUCAAACAUUUGAUGAUCUACCUGACAGAGGAAAAUUGAGCUAUGCCUCGACCGUUAACAGAGACGAAAUCUUUGCUACUGCGAAACUUUUCCGAAAUGGUCGAUCGAAGUCAGCUACUGUUCUCAAUACUGUGAGCGCCACGCAUCUCGAUGAAACACUCUCUUUGAAGUCUAUGCAGGGUACUGUCAUCUCGGUACCUGACUCAAGCCUCUGUGCUAUCAAAGAGCUAUACAAAGAGGACGAGAACGCAACGUUCGUAUCGAGUAGACGCUCGAUAACAGACUUUGGAAGACCAACUUUUGGCACUUCAAGGAUUCUUGCUUUUGACAAUGCUUCUAAGGAUUGCUUAAUUAUGCAAUACGCAGAAAGUGACCAUGCGAUCGCUACGAUUGUCCCGGGCCAAAACCUGACUACAUAUCUCUCACCUGGCUGCACAGUACAAGUGCACACACCAUAUAUUCAUUUGCACCUGGAAUAUGCAUCGAUCGCACCAAGAGCGGAAUUGCGUAGCGAUCUGAUCCUAAAUUUGACUUGUGCAGUUGGAACUAUCGACGGAUCUGAAGACGAACGCCCUCCUUCUACUUGGAUUGAUCUUGGAGCUAGAGGUGAUAAACUCCCAAAGACUCUUCCCGAAAACGCUCUUCUCCAAGAAGGAGGUAUCAAAUUGUGUAAGCAUGAUCAGUUUGUGACCCUCAGAGCUUUAGUAAAUGAGAGCUAAACUCCCCCUACAAUUAUUGUCUUCGAUUGUCGGAUGGCCUGCCGUCAAGAUCUCUGCUGCUUACUCUCAAGUCGCCACCGGCUAUUCGACGAGCA